UGACGUUGCUCUUUGCAGGCGAGUGCCACACGUGACUGACUUGAUAGUCGGAACACCUCAGAAUACAGACCAAGGAAAGUGGGAGGACUGCGAGGACGACCUCCUGGAGCACAGCAUCAGCACCCGGAGGAAAGCAUCAUUUCUGGGAUUGCUUCUUUCUUGCAAUCCAGCUGAGAUCCAUUGCCCCCUCCAGCGGUUUUGUGUUAGGAAUUGUGCGCGGUGUUUUGAAUGCCUCGAACAGCUGCAGCAGUGUUCGCGGUGCUGAUCGCCUGCCUCUGGUGCUCACCCGCUCUGUGUGCUGUAGGAAGAACCCGCCAGCAGCUCAAUUACCGACCAAUUAUCGGCGUGUUGGCACAGGAAAACCUUCCAUGGGACCAGUUUGCUCGUGGGUCUUCUUACAUAGCUGCCUCCUAUGUCAAAUACCUAGAGGCUGCUGGGGCCAGGGUUGUACCUAUUCGAAUCAAUCGCACAGAAGAAGAGUACGCCAAGAUAUUUAACUCAAUAAAUGGGUUGUUGUUGCCAGGUGGAGAUGUAGAUCUUCAGACGUCACAGUUCAGUCGAGCUGCCAAGAUCUUUUACAACUUGGCUCUGAAGGCCAAUGAUGCUGGAGACUACUUUCCUAUUUGGGGAACCUGCCAGGGCUUCCAGCAGCUCACUGUCCUGACUGCCAACAAAAACCUCCUCACGCUUACUGAUACCAAGGCUGUGGCUCUACCUCUGACACUCACAUCAGUGGCCCCAUCUAGCCGAUUAUUCCGGAAUUUUCCCAAAGAUUUGCUGCGGUCUUUGGCUAAUGAAAACAUCACUGCAAACUUCCACAGUUGGAGUCUCUCCAUGCAGAAUUACAGUCGAAAUGCCAAACUCAGGAGGUUUUACAAGAUCCUGUCCACUAACAGUGAUGGAAAGAAAGAAUUCAUCUCUACCAUGGAAGCCAACCAUUACCCAUUUUAUGCUGUGCAAUGGCAUCCAGAGAAAAGUCCUUUUGAGUGGGUCGAUAAGCCAGGAAUGGUUCAUUCUGUCUCUGCUGUAAGGGCCAGCUUCUACACUGCCAGCUUCUUUGUUUCUGAAGCUAUGAAAAACCACCAUCAUUACCCCAGUCCUGAUGAGGAGGACAAAGCUCUCAUUUACAACUUUUCUCCUGUUUACAGAGGCUUUGAUGCUGUCUUUGUGCAGAAUUAUUACUUUGAUUGAUGACCAGUGCUGAAGAUGACCCAUACCUGGUCACAGCCUAGUCCAAGUUUGUCAAAUCUUGGUUCAUUUUCUGGUUUAAACUUGAUAGAGUUUCAACGUACAGUGGCCUAAGAAAUCAAGUCACAGAUAAAACGCAGAAAUAGUGAUUAACAUGUAGUGAUAAAUGUUAGCAGAAAAUAUGUCAGAAUGCAAAUAAAGUCCCAAAUAAUUAAUUUAAUAUGGAAAAUUGCUAAGAGAAAACAGAAAAACAGAAAAAUAAAAAGGAAAGGCUCAACAAGUGUAUUUUUUUUUUUUUCUCCUGCAGUAUUUUCAAGACAUGUUGUUAGCACUGGUUUUAAUCCAAAUAAACCUUGCAGUUUUUUGGCAGAGGGAUGAGUUACUAGUCGGAUCAUUUUUAUUCCAGAAUGUGUUUAAGCCACCCGUAGGAUCCUUAACGUAUACUGUUAACCUUUUUUUUGUUUGAUUUUCAUUUAUUUACUACUUUUACCUUAUUUUUUGACAGCAUUGCUUGGGGGUUAGGGUAUAUUAAAAUUACUUCUGCAGUUUAAGAGACCAUUUUUGGUAUAUAGGUAAUUGUCUUAUCUGAAUCAUUUGCAUAAACCAAGUCUGGGACCAGUAAAUUCCUAACGUCCAAUGUAUUUUUCUUUCUUUCCAAUGUAUUUCUUUGAGCUUAAAGCACUUAAAAACAAGUAGAUACCUUAACAGAGCAAGUGAUGCAAAUUUCUUUACUCAAGAGAUUUUGGACCAACUUUAAGUAUAUAUUUAAGUAUAUAUUUUAUAACCAAAGACUAAAGAGAUGAAAUGGGCAUGAUCAAUAAACACUGACUCACCAAUUUGUCAUGUUGAUGUUUAUUAUUAGCACAGUAUUAUUGACAGUUAUGAACAAACUGUUGUUACAAUAAUACUUUUGACUUUUUUUUUUGUAGAAAUGAGAACAUUUAUUACCUGUACUCGCUUAUAUUUUAGCGGCUUUAAUUUACAGCAACCCAAUGUGUAGUUCAUAUUUUUAUUCAUGUCAUCCAGCAUUAAAUAUGUCAUCAAAAUUAUAUUUUAAUUACCAUCUCAUUUUGAAGUACAGUGGUCCCUCGUUUAUCGCGGGAGUUAUGUUCUAAAAAUAACCCGCAAUAGGUGAAAUCCACGAAGUAGCUAACUUUAUUUUUUACAAUUAUUAUAGAUGUUUUAAGGCUGUGAAACCCCUGACUACACACUUUAUACACUUUUCUCAGACAGGCAUGAACAUUUUCACACUUUUCUCAAAGUUCAAACCUUCGUAGAAAAAUGAGUCCAGUAUUAUAGAAUGAAACCAAAGGCACCCGCGGUUGACUUUGACGGUACCAAACGUUUCGUCAACAGUGUUGUGUUUGUUGGGGAGAAAACUUACAAACAUACUGUACAGCACUUCAGAGUCACACUGCUAGCGAUCGAAGAUUUGUGUACAUUUGACAAGCUGAACGCAUUCUGUACUGUACAGGAAAC